AUGGAGGAUCCCAUCCAGCUGAAAGAGGAGGGCAAUAAAUAUUUUCAGGCCAAUGACUAUGAGAAAGCCCUGCAAAGCUACACUCAAGCCAUAAAGCUCAACAAGGACAAGGCGCUGCAGGCGGUGCUGUACCGGAACCGGGCAGCGUGUUUCCUCAAAAAGGAGGAAUACGCCAAGGCAGCCUCGGACGCGUCUAGAGCUAUUGACAUCAAUUCUUCGGAUAUCAAAGCCUUGUACCGGCGCAGCCAAGCUCUGGAAAAAUUGGGGAAACUGGACCAAGCCUUCAAAGAUGCUCAGAAAUGUGCCACCAUCGAACCCCGCAACAAAAACUUCCAGGAGACCCUGAGGCGACUGGGGGCUGACAUCCAGGAGAAGCUGCGCAUUCAGUUCUCCACAGACUUGAGGGUGCAGAAGAUGUUUGAAAUCCUGCUGGAUGAGAACAGCGAGAAAGAAAAGCGAGAAAAGGCUGCCAACAACCUGAUAGUCCUAGGGCGGGAGGAGGCAGGUGCCGAGAGGAUUUUCCGGAACAACGGGGUCAGCUUACUGCUGCAGCUGAUAGAAACCAAAAAUGCUGAGCUGAUCCUGGCAGCUGUGAGGACGCUUUCGGGAAUGAGCACGGGACAUAAGGCUCGGGUGAGUAAUGGAGCGCUUGAGACCUCUGCUGCUAUUGCCUUGCACCUGGGGGAGUGGAAAAUUGCAAUAGCUCACCAUGUUUACAAUGAAGAAAUCUCCCUGGCUGUCUGCAACCUCCUGCAGACCAUCACCGACUGCCUGCUGGGCCAGGGGAAGGAGCAGCAGCACGGGAAGGAGGAGGCUGUAGUGCUAGAUACUAAAAAAGAUUUGAGGAUGAUCACAACGCGUUUGCUGGAUAUGCUGGUCAGUAAGAAAGUAUCUGGGCAGGGACGAGACCAAGCUCUCAACCUCCUCAACAAGAAUAUACCGAGGAAGGACCUGAAAGACCAUGACAACAGCAGGACCAUCUUUGUCAUUGACAAUGGCUUAAAAAAGAUACUGAAAGUAGUGGGCCAGAUUCCCGAGAUGCCUGACUGCCUGCCGCUGACAGAGAACACCCAGCUGACUGCCUCUGUCCUCCUAAAUAAACUCUACGAUGACCUGCGCUGCGACCCGGAGCGUGACAACUACCGAGUGAUCUGCGAGGAGUACAUCAAGAGCAAAAUUGACCCACAGGACAUGGAUAAGACACUCCAUGCCAUCCAGAUGGUGUCUGGAGUUCUGCAAGGGCCCUUUGACUUAGGCAACAAACUGCUUGGCAUGAAGGGAGUCAUGGAGAUGAUGGUUGCCCUGUGUGGGUCCGAGAGGGAGAUUGACCAACUGGUGGCUGUGGAAGCCCUCAUCCAUGCCUCCACCAAGCUCAGCCGGGCCACCUUCAUCAUCUCCAAUGGGGUGACACUCCUGAAGGAGAUCUACAAGAAGACCAAGAAUGAGAAGAUCAAAAUCCGAGCUCUGGUGGGUCUCUGCAAGCUGGGCUCAGCAGGAGGUACAGAUUAUGGACUGCGGCAGUUUGCUGAGGGGUCCACUGAGAAGUUAGCCAAGCAGUGCCGAAAAUGGUUGUGUAACACCAGCAUUGAUGCCCGCACCAGGAAAUGGGCUGUGGAAGGGCUGGCGUAUCUAACCCUUGAUGCAGAUGUGAAAGAUGACUUUGUUGAAGAUGAACCAGCCCUGCAAGCUAUGUUUGAAUUAGCCAAGACAAGCGACAAGACUAUCUUGUAUUCUGUGGCUUCUGCACUGGUGAACUGUACCAACAGCUAUGAUACCAAGGAGCUGGUCCCAGAGCUGGUGCAACUGGCAAAAUUCUCCAAGCAGCAUGUGCCUGAGGAGCAUCCGAAGGACAAGAAGGAUUUUGUGGUGAAGCGGGUGAAGCGGUUGCUGAAAGCCGGUGUCGUCUCUGCAUUGGCCUGCAUGGUGAAGGCAGACAGUGCCCUACUGACAGACCAGAGCAAGGAGCUCAUUGCCAGGGUGUUCCUGGCCUUGUGUGAAGACCCCAAGGACCGUGGGACCGUUGUUGCUCAAGGCGGUGGAAAGGCCCUGAUACCUCUGGCUGUGGAAGGCACAGAAGUUGGCAAGAUAAAGGCUUCUCAUGCUCUGGCAAAAAUUGCUGCUGUCUCCAAUCCAGACAUGGCAUUCCCAGGGGAGAGGGUGUACGAGGUGGUGAGGCCCCUGGUCAGCCUGCUGAACACAGAGAGAGAUGGCCUCCAGAAUUAUGAGGCUCUGUUAGGUCUCACUAACUUUUCAGGAAGAAGUGAUAAACUUAGGAUGAAGAUAGUCAAAGAGAGGGCCCUGCCCGAUAUUGAAAACUAUAUGUUUGAGAAUCACGACCAACUUCGACAGGCAGCCACGGAGUGUAUGUGCAACCUGGUGGUCAACAAGGAGGUAACUCGGUAUCAUGUUGCUGAUGGAAAUGACCGGCUGAAGUUGGGGGUAUUACUGUGUGGUGAGGAUGAUGAGAAAGUCCAGGUUGCAGCAGCAGGAGCCCUGGCCAUGCUUACAGCAGCACAAAAGAAACUCUGCUCUAAGAUGACUGAAGUGACCACGCAGUGGCUUGAAAUCCUGCAGAGGCUCUGCUUGCACGAUAACGUGAAAGUGCAGCACCGGGGACUGGUCAUCGCUUUCAACUUAAUCAGUGCUGACAAAGAGCUAGCGAAGAAGCUGGUGGAGACAGAGCUCCUGGAGAUCCUGACGUACAUCGGCAAGCAAGAAGAUGACUGCAAGAAGCAGCACGUCAUUAAUGUAGCACGUGAUUGCCUCACAAGGUUCAUGGAUUACGGGCUGAUCAAACCUCUCUCUCAGGCAUGA